CAGGGCUGCGGGAUGGAGCUGGCCCGGGAGGCGGAGGAGCCCCCUGGGUCCCCGGCGCUGCCCGCAGAGGAGCCGCAGGGAGGCCACCCCACAGGGGCGCCGGCGGCAGAUGGGCCGGUGCCCUCCGCUGCUGGCCGGGGGCGGUGCCGCCGCGGUGCCGGCCCGAAAGGCCCACCCGGGCGGGCGGUGCGGGGCAGGGGGCGGCGGGCCCCGGGCCGGCGCGGAGGGGAGGAGGGAGGCCGUGCCGUCCGGCGGCCCCGCGUCACGGUGGACAGCUCCAAGGCCAAGACCUCGCUGGAGGCGCUGAAGAUCAGCCUACGGCAGCUCCACUGGAGGGAGUAUCCUUUUGGCAGACGCUUGCCGUGUGAUAUCUAUUGGCACGGGGUGUCAUUUCAUGACAAUAAUAUAUUCUCAGGUCAAGUCAACAAGUUUCCAGGUAUGACAGAGAUGGUACGAAAAGUUACCCUGAGUCGGGCAGUGAGAACAAUGCAGGAUCUGUUUCCUCUUGAAUAUAACUUCUAUCCUCGAUCCUGGAUUCUGCCAGAAGAACUUCCCCUCUUUGUGGAUGAGGUUCGUAUGAUGAAAGACAGCGAUCCAUCCUGGAAGCCCACUUUUAUUGUAAAACCUGAUGGAGGGUGCCAGGGGGAUGGAAUCUACCUCAUUAAAGACCCAAGUGACAUCAGGCAGACAGGGAGCAUCCAGAGCCGGCCAGCUGUGGUCCAGGAGUACAUCUGCAAACCACUGCUCGUUGACAAACUGAAGUUUGAUAUUCGUCUUUAUGUCUUACUGAAAUCUUUAGAACCCUUAGAGAUUUACAUAGCCAAAGAUGGACUUUCUAGAUUCUGUACAGAGCCCUACCAAGAACCCACACUAAAAAAUUUGCACCAGGUUUUUAUGCAUUUAACCAACUACUCACUAAAUAUCCAUAGUGGGAAUUUCAUCCAUUCUGACAGUGUGAACACUGGCAGCAAGAGGACUUUUUCCAGCAUUCUAUGCAGGCUGUCUUCCAGAGGAGCUGAUGUCAAAAAGCUGUGGUCAGAUAUAAUUUCACUGGUGAUUAAAACAAUUAUUGCACUGACACCAGAACUAAAAGUUUACUAUCAGUCUGACAUACCAGCAGGAAAGCCUGGGCCAACUUGCUUCCAGAUUUUAGGGUUUGACAUUCUCCUGAUGAAAAACUUGAAGCCGAUGUUACUUGAAGUAAAUGCAAACCCCAGCAUGAGAAUAGAACAUGAGCAAGAGCUUUCUCCUGGAGUCUUUGAAAACGUCCCAAGCCCCGUUGAUGAAGAAGUGAAAGUAGCUGUUAUCAGAGACACUCUUCGUCUGAUGGACCCUCAGAAUAAAAAGAGAAAAGAUAUCCAAUCUGGAGCCUUGCCUUGCCUGAGCAACUGUCUGUGCUACCUGUUCCCUGGCCAUCAGGGCAGUGACCUGUGCCAAGAUGGACCCAGUCAACGACUGCGGAACAAGUGUCAGACUUCAGAGCAUGUGUCGGAAGCAAACGAAGACCUGUUGGACAUAGGACCAGCAGACGGCCCGGAACAUGAGACCACCAGAACUCUGGAGCCUGAACUCCCCUCCCUCUGUCUCAAGCAAGUGUUUCCCAAGUACGCGAAGCAGUUUAACUACCUACGGAUUGUGGACAGAGUGGCUGCGUUGUUUAUCAGAUUUCUUGGUGUGAAAGGGACAACAAAGUUGGGGCCAACAGGUUUCCGGACAUUCAUAAGAAACUGCAAACUGAGUAACAGCAAUUUUUCAAUGGCUUGUGUGGAUAUCUUAUAUAUUGACAUCACAAGAAGGAGGAAUGGCAUGGGAAUGGACCACAGAGAAUCAGGAAUGUGUUUGCAAGCCUUUGUGGAAGCUUUCUUCUGUCUGGCUCAGAAGAAAUACAAGUCCCUCCCACUCCACCAGCAAGUGACAUUGCUGAUUGAUUUCUGUGAGUAUCAGCUCGCUGUCCUGGACGAAAAGCGUCGAGCUGUUUGUCACGCAGACGGACCUCACCUCACACCAGCCACACAUCCAUCCCUCCUGGGUCGCUCGGCCUCAGCUAGUAAGCUUUCAGAUUAUAGGAAUCAUCGUUAGUAACAGUGCUAAUUCACCAGCACAGAACUGAGAUUUAAUCCCCAGGUACGUGCAUGUACUGCAGGAGGAGAGACCGAGCCCUGAAUCCCUUCAGCUGAUAGGCAUAGUUAUUUAUUUCAGCUUUUCUUAUUUCUGCUCUUCAAAAAGCCUCCUGCAAGCUCCCAUUCCCAAAUAACAACCCUGGCAAUAGCUGUUUAUUUACAGCUCUGUUGGACCUGCAGCACACCUCACGUGGCAAACUGUGCUUUCAUCCCAAGUGUAUAGAAAACCACGUGUGAAGACAAGGACCAAAAUACAGCAGGAUAAUAACCAGCAUCACGGAGUUGCAGUGACUGAGAGGUACUCUUAUGUCAACAGAAUUACAUUGCUCUGUAUGCACUGGACAUAUUAUGGAAACCAACUAAGGAGCUGCAGUCUCAAAUACCAGUUGCAGACUUUGGAAAACUGAAACCUGGAGUUUGGUUUGUGGUCAGACUUCAGGCUUUGACUCUCUUCUUUCGGUCACUUGGACUGUACAUGUUGGAAUCAAUGCAGAUUUGGUCGUUGACUUUGUACUUCUUUUCUAAAGUCGGUCUUAAAACACUGAAAUGAUAAUUUUGGCUUCUACUCUUUGUACAUGUCUCUGCCAUGACAAGUACUGUUAAUUUUUUAAAGAAAAACUAAAGAUAUUUAUCCUUUUGCUUCCUUAGAACUGAUAAGCUCACCCUUAGAGGAAAAACGUACUUCAUUAAGUCUGAUUCAGUGAAUCAAGCGGUGGUUUUGUCUUCAGGUACUAAGCACUGCUUCUGCAAAUAGCUUUACAGUGUAAAGAGUUCAUUUAAAUUCCGGUGAAGCCAGUCCUGUCACUGACUUUGGGCUGAGCUAUUGUAUUCUAGGUUUGCUGAUUUUUUGCCUUUUGCAUGUUUGUUGCCCUCUCUGGACCGGCAGUAACAUCUAGAGCAGAUUUUUCUUUUGUCUUUGCACAUAUUUUUCAUUUUUUUCCCUAAAUAACUGUAUAAUUCUGUAAAAAUGAGAUCUGUAUUAUGUAACAGGAGAUCUUGUCAGGAAUGCUGGGCUAUACCACUGCAGUUGUACAGAAGUAGUCUUUAUUUUUCAAGGAGGGAGCCCUGACACUGAUAAUCACGCUGUUUGGGGGGGAGGCUGAGCACAAUGUGACACUGGCUGGAAGGACAGGAAUAACUUGGAACUUCAGUCAAAUCCUUUUCAGUCUCAUAUUUUAUUACAAGAAUGUAUGUCUACAUCCGAGUUUGAUUUCCCUCCUUUGCUCUAUUCUUUAAUGUUAAUGAGUCUGCUUAUGUUCCAGUGUCCCUCAUGCUGUCAGCAGUCACAAAUGGCACAGGCAUUUAGCUUUGGAUUGGAGAAAAUUACCUGAGCUCAAGGUCACAAUGUGCCAAUGGCUGGUGUGUCAGAGGAGUGAUGUUGCAGGAAGCACACUGCCAGUGCCAGGAAGCCCACCCACUUAAUGCCAUGGACUAAAUGCACACACCAUAUCGAGUGAGUUGUUACUUAGAAGUUUAGAGUUUCUUUCUUGUUUUUUCUCUUAAGCAGCAUGGCACUCCAAUGCAGAAGACAAGCUGAGCCCACAAGAAAGUAAUACCUAGCGUGUGCUAAUACCAAAUGUGGGCAUCCCUUCUUCUCUUUGUCUUUUCUGUAACAGCAGUGAAAGCAGCAGUAGAUGAUCUUUCUCAGUUCAAUGGCUAGACUGCUUCACAUUUUAUGUAUUGUGCAUAAGAGGCCAGUUUGCAGCCUAAUGCCACUGCCCUCAGCCUGGUUUAAGUUUCAUAAAGAUUAUUGCAGUAUGAAGAUAAAAUGCCAAACUCUAAGGUCUGGCAUCUGUCAGAACAAAUGAAGCUGAAAGGGCCAUUUUUUUCACACUUUCAUUGUAAUAUAUUUGAAGACAUUCACAAGUUGAAAAAUGGUUACUUCUUACUUGGGGACAUCUGACAUUUGUCUUGCGAUUGGCAGUGUGUUACUAGAAAAUAGCUUACAGUUUCUCUCAUCCUGUGAUUGAUGUCCUGUAGAGACAGAGUUGCAGAAGAGUCAGAUUUGAAAUGCUACAACUGUGAAUGUCUUUCCUUACAGCUUUCUUUAGUAUGAUGUAUGGCCUAAAAUACCCAAGUUUUGCUAUUGUAUAAAUUACCCUUAUCUCAGUGGAAUAAAUGAAUUAUUGUAUAUAAUGAA